AUGGCCACGACGCUGGAUGGCUGUCGCUGUCGGGGUGCGAACCUCCAAAGCAAGAGCAGCGGCGGUAGCGGCGGCAGCAGCAUCCUUUACAACAUUCUUAAGAGUGACAGAGAGGAGCAACAACAGCAACAUGAAACGCUACAGAACUUACUCCACAGCCACAGAACCUCCCCGACUUCUUCAUCCGCCUCGUCUGUAGCCUCCGGGCCGGCGUGGCGACAUCAGGAGCCCCGGCAGCAGCAGCAGCAGCAGCAGGCGGGGUGCUCCUGCGGGGCAACGCGGCGUCGCGGUGUCCUCAGCUCCCCGCAGGUGACAUGCAAAGCGGCCUCCGCCAUCCUGGUCAAGACGCUGCGAUUCGUCAAGAAUGUACCGUGCUUCAGGGAACUGCCCGAGGAAGAACAGGUGGUCCUGAUCCGAAGCGGCUGGGCUCCCCUGCUGGUGCUGGGAUUGGCGCAGGACCGCGUGGACUUCGAGACCACGGAGACGGUGGAGCCGAGCAUGCUUCAGCGGAUCCUCACCGGGGCGCCCCAGAGUCACAGCGACGCGGCGGCGGCGGCUGCGGCGGUGACGGUGGCCGAUCCGAGUCGAGGCGGGGGAGCCGGCGUGUCGUUGGCCGACAUCGAGGCCAUUCGAGGCUUUCUGAGGAAGUGCUGGAGUGUGGACAUCAGCACCAAGGAGUACGCCUACCUGAAGGGAGCCGUGCUCUUCAACCCCGAUCUGGAGGGUCUCCGCUGCCUGCCGUACAUCCAGUCGCUGCGGCGCGAGGCUCAUCAAGCCCUUAACGAGCACGUACGACUGAUCCACCGCGAGGAUUCCACGCGCUUCGCCAAGCUGCUCAUCGCCCUGUCCAUGUUGAGGUCCAUCAGCCCGUCGGUGGUGGCCCAGCUCUUCUUCAAGCCCAUCAUUGGCAGCGUCAACAUUGAGGAGGUGCUCAUGGAGAUGUUCUACGGGAAGUAACACAACACUCCAAGGCCUCCAGUAUACGUGACCAUCCGGUUACCCGACAGACUGUAAAGCUCUUAUUGGACAGGUGAAAAACAUCUACAAAAAAAAAUAAAAAAUGGGGGGAAUGUGUGUGUGUGUUGUGUGUGUGUGUGUGUGAAUGCUUUAUGUUACGUUAAAGCACGUCACUGUAAUUCAUAGCUUAACUUAUUUGUUUUAUAAACUAUUUUUCUAAAAUAAACUCCCUCGAGUGUU